AUGGCACCGACAGAUCAAAAAAUGAAGAAUAAGAAGUUCACCGCGAAAGAUGGCAACUGGAAGAAAUCCCAAAAUAACGCACAGGGUGUCAAGAAAAAGAAGAAAUGGGUCCCCGAGCACAAAGUUUACGAAGGCAGUGUUAAGGAAGGUCAGGGGUUUGCUUUAAAGAGGAAGCAAAAAGUCCAACAUGAGUACAACAAGCUGCUGCGGAAGGAGAAGAAAAAGAAUCCUGAGUCCAAAGCGCUGUACAAGGAGGAGUACCCAGAACACCUCAGGCAUCUAUACGUGGCCGAGGCAGAGAAACUGAAGAACGAGGCCUGGACCAAUAGAUUGAACAGGAGUAAGCUGAGAAUGAAAGGGCAGGAGAAGGGAGAGGAGAUAGAUGACAACGAUGAUGAUGAAGCUGAUGCUGCUGCUGAUGCUGAUCCAGAAGUUACUGGUGGAUCUGAGCAGACAGAUUCUAUAACUGGGAACCCUGAACUAACAGCAGCCUCCGAGAAAGACAGUCUUCCAAUGAGCAACCGCAUGAGGAAGAAAAUGCUAAAGAAGACGUCCUACCAGAAGACAAAAGAGGAAUUUGAAUCAAUCACAGAAAAACGGAAAAAGAAGAAAGAGGAAUACAUUAAGAACAACAAGCAGAGAGAAGAAGCCAUUCAGAAGUACAAACAGAAAAAGCUGGAGACGUUUCAGAUGCUGAGCAAAAAGACCAAGAAAGGACAGCCCAAUCUCAAUCUCCAAAUGGAGUAUUUGCUUCAAAAGAUCACACAAGGAACUGGGAAAUGACUCCCAAGUCAGAGCUGUAAUAAAGAAAAGACUGGACCUUCACUUUGUUUGACUGUGCUGUUAAAAAAAAACCUGAGGACAUUCAGGAUUGUGCUUUUCACACUCUCUUCAGUGGUGCUUUAUACGUCGAGUGGUAAUCUCAAACCAGAUUGUCUCUUUACUUUACUGUAUUGCAGGUUUUCUUUUCCGGUAUUUCGCCCCAGAAUAGCACAUUUUGUGGCUCAUUUUAAUCUCAGACCACCAGAUGGCAUUGUAAGACAUGAAGAGAUGGGAAAACAUACUCAUGUAAGAUAUUUUUGAAUCAAUAAAUGUUUUAGCUUCC